CUGAACCCGACCACCGCCACCACGGUCUCUUCCCCUCUCUCUCUCUCUCUCUCUCUCUCUCUCCGCUUCGAAUCCCUCUCUCUCUCUCCCACUUUGAUCAAAUACCCUCCUGAAAUUUUUCAUGGAGUUUGGGGUUGAUGGUGAUAGUGAAGUGGUGGGAAAUUCAACUCUGGUGGAGGAUAGUAAACCACUUGAUGAAAACGAAACAGGUGUAAGUUCGAUCGAAAGGAUUUUCGAUCACGACCAGGAUGAGAAAAUCAUUCAAGAUUCAUCUGGAAGGAAUGCCAUUCUAGAUUCAGUUCCUGGAUUGCCAGUAGUUCAAGGAGAUGAGCCAUAUAUUGGCCAGGAAUUUGAAAAUGAGGCAGCAGCUCAUGCGUUUUAUAAUGCUUAUGCUACUCGUGUCGGUUUUGUGAUUCGUGUUAGCAAGCUCUCGCGAUCGAGACGUGAUGGAACGGCUAUUGGACGUGCACUAGUCUGCAACAAGGAAGGUUACAGAAUGCCGGACAAGCGGGAAAAGAUCGUGAGGCAAAGGGCCGAGACGAGGGUAGGCUGCAGGGCAAUGAUCUUGGUGAGGAAAAUAACUUCUGGGAAAUGGGUUGUCACUAAAUUUGUAAAAGAACAUACUCAUCCUUUGUCACCUGGGAAAAGUCGAAGAGAUUGCAUAUAUGAUCAAUACCCGAACGAACACGAUAAGAUACGUGAACUAUCUCAACAGCUUGCAGUUGAGAAAAAGCGAUCUGCGAUGUAUAAAAGGCAUCUAGAAGUGAUAUUCGAAUACAUCGAGGAGCAUAACAAUAACUUGUCGAGAAAGAUCCAACAUAUAGUAGACAAUGUGAAGGAGAUGGAAAGCAUAGAACAGCAGAAUCAUAGAUAGUAUUUGGCCAUACUUUUUAUACUUGCAAUUUGGGAUUCCAAAAUGGGUUGCUGGAUGGAUGAAGAAAUUGUUAGGUCAGUGAUAUUCAUUGUGAUAUGUUCCAGCAUUUGGUUCCUAAUUCAGUUUCACAAAAAUGGAGUAUUGCUCAUGGUAUUCAUUGCAUGUAAAUCCAUGUUUUGUACAGUAUUCGAACGAUUUUUAUCUUAUUUCGAGACGUUAUUGAUUAGCUCAUCUUUAUGAA